AUGAUUUCCAGGAGAUUUUUUAGCUUCCUCAGUAAAUGUAAUGGCAAUAAUUUAAAUCUCGAUGUUUUCUCAAAAAACGGAUCUCAGCUGUCACAAACUAUACGCAUCGCAUCCCAAAACAAAUAUGAAGACUCAAAAUUUUGGAAUUUGGCUAAAACAAGGUUCCAGUACCUUUAUAAAGGUUUAAAUGCGAGAAACUUGGCCUUCAUCGCAAAUGGAUUCGCAAGAGCAAAAAUUGCCGACAAUUCCAUCUGGAAUAGCAUAAUUUCAAGGUCACACGAAAUAUUAAACGAUUUAGAUAUUCAGGACUUGGCUUUAUUGUUAAAUGCCAUGUGUAAAAUAGAAUGUAUAGAUAAGGCCAAUUUAACCCACUUAAUAGUUAAAAUUAAGGAGUUACCACUGGCGUUAUUCAUGUAUGAUUAUGCACUCCUUGGGAAAUCAAUCCAGCCAAAUCUAAACCAGUUGUCCCUCGUUUCAAUAUCAAACCUAGUCAACAGCUUUUAUAACCUAAAGUACUAUGAUAAAGCCAUGAUGAAACAGUUGAUUGAUGUGAUAAGGGAUAAAAUGAAUGACGAUAAAAGUGUGAAGACAGUAGCCUCAAUUUACCAGAGCUACGCACACUCUGGUGUGUACAAUAAAGAGUUAUAUUCCAGCUUCUUCAACUACUUCAUCAGUAAUGUAAAAGAUUUAAAGAUUCUCGAAAUGAUCAUCAUUGCAAACGCAAUGAAAGUUUCCAAAUUCCACUCUGAAGAACUUAUUGAGAAGAUGAGCAAGAAGAUUAUAAAUAGUCCAAGAAAGUAUAAUUUGGACGAUUUAUCCUCUUAUUUACAAUCUUUAACCCCUAAAUACUCAACAAAAGCAAACGUUGAAAAAAUUAUGAAGAGUGUUGAAACAAAUCGAUUUACCGGCAAUUUCACCACUUCAAACUCCGUCAUAUUUUUGCAAGUUUACAACAAUUUCGACAUUAAGAAUGAGAAUUUGUUAAAGACGUUAUUGAAAAAUUUGAAAGACAAUGAGGAAAAAUUGACAGAAUUGGAACUGGUGAAUGUAAUUUGUUGCUGUAAAGUAAUUGAAAAUGAUUUGGACAAAUUUUUGGGACUUUUCCUCACACAUGAUAGUUCGUUACUAAACUUAUCAAGAGUUUUAUACCACACAACUAAAUCAAAGAUAAAGUUAGGCACUUUUGAGGAUGAAAUUAUGGGGAAAUUGUCAAAAAGUAAUAUUAAAAAUUGUGAUUCAACUGUGACUAUUUCAAAUCUGCUCUUUUCACUAAAAAGCGUAAAGGAUUCUGAAUACAAAAAUGAGUUGAUAAAUCAAUGCAUAGAAUAUGUAAAAGUGAAUUAUAGCAAGUUUACAAAUCAGCUUUUAACCUCAUCACUCGACUCUAUCAAUGAACUUGAAAGAACAGAGGAGAUUUUGGAUAAGUUUACCCGGAACAUUGGGAAAUUUAAGGGAUAUACCAGUUAUGGAGAUAACUUAAAAUUGUUGAAAAUGUUAAAUUCAGUAAAUUAUUUCCAAUUAUCUGGAAGUUUAGAGAGUGUUUUGGAGUCGUACCAAGUUAUAUUAAAUAAUAUUAAGAGCUGUGAAAACGGAAGUACGGCUGAGAAUCCAGAAUUUAGAGAGGUUAGUUAA